GGGGAGGGGGGCGCGGCCGGAUGCCGGCGGCGCGGCGGGCGCUGUGGCCGGGCUGCGAGCGGCGCAGGAUGAAGGUGCUGGUGGCGGCGGCGGCGCUGGGCGCCGCGCUCCUGCUGCUGCUGCCCGCCGCGUCCCGCGCCGACGAGCGCAAGAAGGGCCCCAAGGUCACGGCCAAGGUGUUCUUCGACCUGCGGAUCGGGGAGGAGGAUGCGGGGCGCGUCGUCAUCGGGCUCUUCGGCAAGACCGUGCCCAAGACGGUGGAGAACUUCGUGGCCCUGGCCACGGGCGAGAAAGGGUUCGGGUUCAAGGGCAGCAAAUUCCACCGCGUGAUCAAGGACUUCAUGAUCCAGGGGGGGGACUUCACCCGCGGUGACGGCACUGGAGGAAAAAGUAUCUACGGGGACCGCUUCCCCGACGAGAACUUCAAGCUGAAGCACUACGGCCCUGGCUGGGUGAGCAUGGCCAACGCCGGCAAGGACACCAACGGGUCCCAGUUCUUCAUCACCACGGUGAAGACGCCGUGGCUGGAUGGCAAGCACGUGGUGUUUGGCAAAGUGUUGGAGGGCAUGGACGUGGUGAGGAAGGUGGAGAGCACUAAGACAGACAGCCGGGACAAGCCCCUGAAGGACGUCACCAUCGCUGACUGCGGCACCAUCGAGGUGGAGAAGCCAUUCGCCAUUGCCAAAGAGUAACACACGGUCCUGGCUCUCCGGCGCGGCGAGGGGCCCGGCGCAAAGGGCUGCGGCCUGGGGCUGCCCUGCUCCCCCUCGUGUGUUCCCUGUGGUCCUGUGCGGGUGAGCAGGGGCAGAGCCACUUUGCUCUGGCUCCUUUCACCCUGCCGGCGGGCGGGCCGGGCCCGGGCUCCUUUCCAUCACUUUUGUAAGAAGCACAUGCACCAAUAAACGUGACCAAUGUGUUUUUUAAA